AUGGCAGCUGCUGAACAAACGAACAAUGAUCUUAGGGAGGAGGUUAGUAGCCUCAAAGAAGGUAUGGAAAAGAUAACUGCAAUGAUGAUGGACAUGAUGGCCGCACAGGCACAAGCCUCUCAAGCAAAAAUUGUUCAGACUGUUCAGGGAGAUGUUGAAGUCUCUCAGCCUGCGGGUUCUACUGCAACUAUUAGUACUACACAGCCCUUGGUGAAUCAGUUUUCCUCUGGUGAUAUGACAAAUAUGUAUAGUUCAGGGUUUCGUCCUACUGGCUCUCUUGGUUCUUCUAUUCCUCCUCAGUAUCAUAUGCCGCCAGGCUAUCCGUGGGGCAUGGCACUCGCAAAUAAUGAAGGUGUUCGUCAUAAUGCACCAGAAAUGCAGUUCCCUUUUGGACAUCAACAAACACCGUUUUAUCAGUCCGGCCAGCCUUUUCCUCAGGCCACUAUGACCUAUGCUGGACCCCUCGUUCAUGCUGCUCAUCAAGAAGAAGAACAGGUUUAUCACUCUAAUAGUGUGGCUGGUGAUGAUAGGGUAGGAAACUUGGAAGAAAGGUUUGAGGCGGUGCACAAAGAGUUAAAGACUAUCCGUGGUAAAGAAAUGUUCAGUCAGAAUGUGAAUGACCUCUGCUUGGUUCCGGAUGUGGUGAUACCUCAUAAGUUUAAAAUGCCGAUCUUUGAAAAGUACACAGGGGAUACUUGCCCUGAGAUGCACUUAGUCACAUAUGUCAGGAAGAUGGUAGCUCACAAGAAUAAUGAGCCUCUGCUUAUUCACUGUUUCCAGGACAGUUUGACUGGUCCCGCACACACAUGGUAUAUGAAUUUGAAGGGCAUCACAACCUUUGAGGAAUUGGCCAAUGCUUUCAUCCAACAGUACAAGUAUAACUCUUAUCUGGCACCUAACCGGAAAGAACUGCAAUCUAUGACUCAGGGUGAUAAGGAAUCUUUCAAGGAAUACGCUCAACGCUUCAUUCAAAAGUCUGCUCAAAUCCGUCCGCCUCUGGAUGAAAGAGAAGUGUCCGAUCUAUUCUAUGAGACUCUGAGCCCUUUCUACUCAGAGAAGAUGCUUGGUUGUGCCUCACAAAAGUUUACUGAUAUGGUAGAUAUGGGUGUGCGCAUUGAAGAUUGGGUCCGUAAGGGACGUGUGAGUAAAGAUGGUGCUUCUUCAGGUGGUUCAUCUAAUGGUAAUAGGAAGUUCGGAAAUGGGUCCUCAAAGAAGAACGCUCAAGAGGUUGGUAUGGUGGCCCAUGGCGGAUCCCAGCCUAUAUACCCUAGCUACCCCUAUGUUGCUAACAUUCCACCACCUACCCUAACUCCACAAAAUCCAAACUAUCAACUACAAAGGCCUCAAGCACCCCAUCCAUAUUAUCCACCACUAUAUCAACCACAACCUUAUCAACCCCAACCGUUUUAUCAACAACCAUACUAUCCCCCACCACCUCAACAACAACAGCCUCGCCCUCGAGCUCAACAACAACAUACUCGCCCUCAAAGAAACCAAUUUCCCCCUAUCCCCAUGACAUAUGAAGCCUUGUUACCUUCCUUGCUUGCCCGAGGUCUUGUUCAGACCCUACCACCUCCUCGUGUGCAGAACCCUUUACCCCCUUGGUUCCGUGCUGAUCGAAAUUGUGCCUUCCAUCAAGGGGCACCAGGACACGACAUUGAACACUGUUACCCCCUUAAAGAGGCAGUUCAAAAGUUGAUUCACAGCAAAGAUUUAUCCUUCACUGACCCGAACCCUGCUGCUCCAGACCAUCCUCUGCCACCCCAUGGGCCUACUGUUAACAUGGUUGAAGAUUAUCAAGAAGGGGGUCUUGUCACUCGCUCUCAGGAUAUCAAAACUCCGUUGGUUCCAUUACAUGUGAAGAUGUGUGAGGCAGCUAUGUUUAGCCAUAAUCAUAAUAGUUGUGAGGUAUGUUCUGUGGAUCCCCGCGGUUGCGCGCAGGUUCAAGAUGAUGUGCAAGGGCUAAUGGAUCGGGAAGAGCUGGUUGUCACAAGGGAAGAGAAGAGUGUCUGUGUUGUAAUCCCUGUGUUCAAGGAUAGUGCGAAACCAAUUGAUGGUGUUACUCCGGUGUUCAAGGACAGUUCCAAGCCAGCUGUCGCUCCUCUGGUAAUUUGUGUGCCGAGACCCAAGCCGUUUUUCUCUCAAAACGCCAUGCCGUAUAAUUAUGAACCUACAAGCAUAGAGAAUGGUAAAGAAAUAUCCUGGAGUCCCUCAACUUCCGUGAGUAACAUUGCAGAGAAUAGUCAAAUUCUGAGAAGUGGACGCAUCCUUCCGGCAGUUGUGCAAGCAAAGAAGAAAGCUCCGGUGAUAGAGUCAGUGCCAAUACCAGAUCCUAGCAAGGGUAAGAGUAUGGUUCAACCUGGUGAAACUGAUAAUGAUGAGAUUUUGAAGCUGAUCAAGAAAAGUGAUUAUAAGAUAGUGGAUCAGUUAUUGCAGACUCCAUCAAAGAUUUCUAUCAUGUCACUAUUGACAAGCUCUGAUGCUCAUAGGGAUGCAUUGAUGAAAGUGUUGAAUCAAGCCUACGUAGACCAUGAUGUGACUUUGGGUCAAUUUGGGAGCAUUGUUGGAAAUGUGACGGCAUGCAACAAUCUGAGUUUCAGUGAUGAAGACCUCCCAGUGGAGGGGAAGAACCAUAAUAUGGCCUUGCAUAUCUCUGUUAUGUGCAAAACAGAUUCUUUGUCCAAUGUCUUGAUAGAUACCGGUUCUUCCCUCAAUGUGAUGGCAAAGACGACCUUUGAUAAAUUGACAUAUUCAGAUGGAUUCAUUAGGCCUAGUUGUGUAUCAGUAAGGGCAUUUGAUGGAUCCAGGAAGACGGUAUGGGGAGAAGUAGAUUUACCUAUCACUGUUGGGCCCCAAGAGUUUAAAGUUACAUUCCAGAUAAUGGAUAUUCAAGCUUCCUAUAGCUGUUUACUUGGUAGACCAUGGAUUCAUGAAGCCGGGGCAGUAACAUCCACCCUUCAUCAAAAGUUAAAGUUUGUGAGUCGUGGAAAACUUGUUACAGUAAGUGGGGAAUCAGCUUUUUUGGUUAGCCAUUUGUCGUCUUUUUCCUUCAUUGGUGGUGAAAGUCCGGAUGGAACGUCAUUCCAAGGGCUUUCGGUCGAAAGCGGUACUACAAGAGGUGAAACAUGCAUGGCCUCUCUAAGGGAUGCUCAGAGAGUAAUUCAAGAAGGAAAAGCAGAAGGUUGGGGGAAGUUAGUACAGUUGCCUGAGAACAAGCGCAGGGAAGGUCUGGGUUUCUCCGGCAAUAAUCAAGUGAUGUUCGACCCAACUAGAGGUACUUUUCACAGUGCUGGAUUCAUUAAUGCGCCACCUGAAACUAAUGCAAUCUUGGAAGAUCAAUCAGAAGAGGUGGCACCUGACUUUGUGACUCCGGGUGGAAACUGCUGCAAUUGGAUUGCUGUUGACAUCCCUUCUGCGAUACCUCUUUCUAAACUGAACAUACAUGAGCCCGUUGAACAUAGUGACCCUAUGCUGCCUUCCAACUUUGAGUUCCCAGUUUACGAAGCUUGGGUAGAAGAGGAUGAAGAGAUUCCCGAUGAGCUCCGAUGGAUGUUAGAGCAAGAAAGAAAAGCCUUUCAGCCUCACAAGGAAGAAAUAGAGUUAAUCAACCUGGGCACUGAGGAUGAUAAAAAGAAAUUAAGAUUGGAGCGUCGUUGGAGGCGUCUGUCAAGAAAAAGAUAA